AUGCACAGUCAGUCCUCAGAUGAUAGGAAAUUGGGAAUUGUACCCGCAGGAACUAAGGAUGCAUCAUCAGCGGUGCAAACAUUACCUUCAAACACUUCGACAUCGCGUGUGACUACGAGUCAACAGAAACCACUUCCUGAUUCACAACAAACAGUAUUACUUGCCAGUGGUUCCGUUGCACAAGGCACUUCUCUCAGAGAUUUUGUGAAUGACCUAGACAAUUACGUGCCAACGAUACCGGAUGCUGUUACAAUCCAUUACAUGAAAAAAAGUGGGGUGGAUUGUGCAGACUCGCGAGUUAUACGUUUAUUCUCACUUGCAGCUCAAAAAUUUACUUCAGAUAUUAUUUUGGAUGCUAUGCAACAGGCACGCAUGAAAGGAUUGGGCCAGACAAAGAAAGGUACCAAAGAAACACGUUACACGUUGACUUCAGAAUUAUUGGAGCCCGUGCUUGCUGAAUAUGGUAUCGAACUGAGAAGGCCCCCCUAUUUUCAGGGAGCAUUCAUGAGAGUUAGAGUGUUUGUUUAUAAAUCGUCGAGAAAUGUGACUCAUUUGGCAUGUCGGUUUUGCAAUAAUGAAUCUGCAGUCCACGUAGUUGAUCCUGAGCUGGAUUUACGUUAUCGCUUUGAAGACAUGAAAAGACUUAUGUGCAUGAUUGAGGCAAGAAGACUGAAUAUUGAUGUUAAAAGUGUUGCUGCGAAUUAUCAUAGAUGGUGGGAUGCUUAUACGAAGUGGCGUGAUUCUUCUAUCGAGUCACAUUCAGGAAAUGUUUCACGUAGCCGUGAAUUGAGACAACUUAUGCUAAACGAAAGUGAAGGACUGCUGGAUGCUUUGAGAUUACCUAAUGAUUUAUCAGCAAGCACUCUGUGUUCCCGCGAUGUCGUUCCCUCGAUUAGCAAAGUUGAUAGUGAGCAAAAUAACAAACACAUUUUUUUUUUGCAAAAAGCGGGUAUGAUAAAGGUAGAGCCUUCAACUUCAAAUGCUCAUCUUGUAGGACUCCCAGCCAGUUUGCAGUAUUUUCUUCAAAAGUUGUUCCGUGAAGAAUUUACUGGAAAUAUUCUCAAUGUUUCUCCACCUUAUUUUGUGCGUGGUGCAAUAAUUGAUGGAGUGAAUAUGUCGAAGGAGAGUUUUCCAGUAUUUACCAGUGACAUGCAUAAAAGAUCUUUGCUUUAUUUAACAGGUCAUAGUAUUCCUUCACUGGUUGCUCUGUUCGUGAAGAAAUCCUUGGUAUUCAAGACGAAUAGGUGGCCUUUGCGUUUGUUAAGCAGUGGAGCUUCUUAUGGUAUUCCAGGCAGCAUGCCAUUUUCCAUGCUUAAUUUGAACAAUAUUUCGCAGCGAUCGAAGACAAUCUUGCUCUCACUCUGUAAAACUCAAGAGGAAGAGGACACUGAAUAUAAAUCCCUAAUUAAAUCGUUGGAAACAAUUUUGGAAAAUAGAUUAUCUCUGAAAACUACUUCAUCGAUUGUUCCUCCUCAUAAAUUACUAAAUUUCGAAUCUGCUGCAACUUGCUUGUCAACAUCAACUGGAAUUGAGGUAGCUCGUAUCUGUACAAUUGGUUCAUACAUCUCCCGUCGAUUAUGUAUUUUGCUCGAUUUCAAACCAGGAAAAAUUUAUUUUGUGCGAAUGGUUUUUGUUGACAUUGAUCUUACAAGAAUCGUUGCAUCAAUGGUCGAGAAACAUUUGAUAUCCAAAGAGUCUAUAUCAGAGAACAUCCAUUCAUUUCUGAUUCGGUCACUUACGGAGUCUCCAAAUUUUCAAAAAUCAUGA